AUGGAGGUACUGCAUGAUGGGGCAAAGGAGUUGGCUCAAAACGAUCUUAAUUCUGCAAAGUAUGUUAUAUCCGAUGAGAGCAAGUUUAUGUUCUUGUAUGUCGUUACUGAGUUAUUGUGCAAUCUUGUAUGCUACUCUUUGCAUUUUAUUAAUCACAAUAUGGUAUACAGAAUGGUUAACUUCAUUAAUGUAUUUUUAUUAUUUGGCAGCCCUGUUGGAGAAAAUAAAAGAAGUGGUGAAGUAUAUAGACUCUUUGAUGUUGGUGGCCAGAGAAAUGAGAGGAGAAAGUGGAUCCAUCUUUUUGAAGGAGUUACAGCUGUUAUAUUCUGUGCUGCAAUUAGCGAGUAUGAUCAAACACUUUUUGAGGAUGAAAGCAAGAACAGACUGAUGGAAACUAAGGAGCUUUUUGAAUGGAUCCUGAAGCAACCAUGUUUUGAGAAAACGUCCUUCAUGUUAUUUUUAAACAAGUUUGACAUAUUUGAGAAGAAGAUCCUGAAUGUAAGAACCAUCUGUUCCGCUUAA